AUGAACUUUGUAGCCAAUAAUGUCUCUAGUUUUGAUCUCCACCUGAGAUCACUGUCAACUCCUCAUUCAAAUAAUGUCUCUGGUUUCGAUUUCCACCUGAGAUCCCUGCUUCACGUUGCCCGGCGAUUCACAGGGAGAGGCAUUCGGUCAUCCCCUUUUCGGUCAACAGUGGUGCGACAAAGCGAGACUGGGAUGAUUCGCGGUGGCCGGCGUCGGGCUAGUCGUGGCCAGGGCUCCGCGGUGGUGCGCUACUUCGUUGAGGGUAACCGGUGA